GGGGUUGGGAGGGGAAGAAUCCAAAAAAGAAAAGUUUCAUCUACCAUAGAACUUGUUCAUCAAAAACCUGAAAGAGGGUCCAAUGCAAUAGAAAUAUCAAGUAUCCCAGCUUGCUGUCUUGCUGAUGUAGGACAGCCUUAUGAACGAGUGGAUCUAGGCCAAGUUAAGAAAAUUGAGGAAUCUGCUAAAUCAGGGGGAUUUGGAAUGAGAAACAGUGGGAUGGAAUAGUCAGGAAGGCUAGAAGGCUAGAAUUGGGUUUACAAAUCUGAAAUCAAAUUGAUCCUAGAGAGUGCAGUCUGCAAAAUUUCAAGGGAAAUUGGGUCAAAAUUGGGGAAAAUGGAAUUGCAUAAUGAACUAUGCGUAAGGGGAUGAGUAUGCAAGCAGGUGGGGAAUUGAUGACCACACUUUCCCCCUCUUAUCUUUUUCCCCUCUUUGGCUCUGAAGAAGAAAAAGCCUCUUAAAAAAAUAUCAUAGGGAAAAUACAAUCUUUCACCGCCGAUGGUGGAGGUGGAUCAGCUUGGCUACUACUUAAUAAAAAGCUUUUUCUCCUUUUAUUUUGUUUUGGUCCUAUCUUAUAUAAGGAGAAGCUAGAAACAGAACAAGUUUGACAAAAAAGAAGAGAAAAGGAACAUGGAAUUCGACGAUCACGAAGAGCAAGAUGAAGAGAUGGGGAUACCAGUGUCUGCGACUUACGAUUCGCUUGGUAACUCGUCCAAAGCCAAAAUGGUGAGUGCUGCUAGCGAUGCGGCUUCCUCUGGAAGGAGGACUGUGAGCAAGUACAGGGAGUGCCUAAAGAACCAUGCCGUGGGAAUUGGAGGCCACGUUGUUGAUGAAUGUGGAGAGUUCAUGGCCGUCGGAGAGGAAGGCACGCUUGACGCCCUAAAAUGCGCCGCCUACAACUGCCAUCGGAACUUCCACCGCAAGGAGACGGAGGGGGAUGCCUACCACCACCAAUUCUCUCCCUACUGUCGUACUCUGGUGGGGUACCUCCACGUGGCGCCGCACCAUCGCCCGUUGGCUCUGCCGUCGACCUCGGGAGGUGGGGUGCACAGUUGGGAGGACCAGGAGGACGUGUUGAACCCUAGCGGUGGUGGAGAAGUUUCGAAGAAGCGUUUUAGGACAAAGUUCACACUGGAGCAGAAAGACAAKAUGUUGGCAUUUGCGGAGAGGCUUGGGUGGAGGAUUCAGAAGCACGACGAGGCCGCCAUGCAACAGUUUUGUACGGAGACUUGUGUGAAGAGGCACGUGCUUAAGGUUUGGAUGCACAACAACAAGCAUACUCUUGCAUCACCAUCUACCGCUGCUACUUAGCUUCUUCUAGUUUCUCGUCACUCACCACUCCCAACUCCCAACUAGUACAAGGACAAGGGCAACCUCUUUCCACGCGGAACGAAA